GCUUUUCUCACGCCGAGGGUUCUCCUAACUUCAACGCGUCUUUUUUUUAUCCGUUGCGCGUCCCAUCUGGAGUCCCUUGAGCUCCAGCCUCUCUGUCCUGAGAGCAGCGAUAGAUAUUCAACUCCCCUUUGGACUUUGCUGACUAUCCGCUUCCGAGAAUCACAAACACGAUGCGGAAGACUAGCUGAAAAAUUUCUGAACCUGAGAAUCAGCGAUUGGACCAUCAGUAACCUCAAGCGACGAGGAAAGAUCCGCCACCGCAUCUGCGAUCCACAGGAUUGCGCUAGUUGCAGUCAGAUCCAAAAUGGCCGAAAAGAACUGUAAACGACCACGCUUCCCUUAUAAAAAGUCAUUCAAUGACUUCUCUGCCACCGAUUCUCGUCACUCACUAGCAGAAGUGACCACACCCAUCCCGUCGGACAAACGAACAAUAAGUCCGAAGAAGAACAAGUUGAGAUCUACCACUAGGAAGCACAGGGGUGACAAGAAAAACGUUUGGUCACCUAUUAGUCAUUACGUUCCAACUUCUUUUACGCUUUCCCUUGACAGCAUCUCCCCCAAACAACCAUCGCCCCGUUUCAAGCGUCGCUGGUCGUCUAAACCUAUGCCUUCAGAAACGGCAAAGAGCAUGUCUUCCAUCAAGCAGUAUGAAUCCAGUAGCUUUAAACAUCAGGCCAAGGGCGUAUUCCGGAGGAUCUUUCUCAGUGCUAAAAAGAGUCUCAUUCCAUCGAAGACUAAGCUGACGAGGAGGCCAUCGAGUUCUUCAUGGCGCUCAAGGCCAAAGAACGCGUCAGAAGAUCCUCUCAAUCCCUCCAAACCAAAGAUAUCAUACCCUAUGAAGCUGCACAACUCGGACCUCACGUUCGUAACCACUCAAGAUCCAUGGGAAACAUCGGUCCGGUCGUCAAGCCUGCACCGUAGAGCUACCGUCGGUACCACCCAGUCUCAUAACCGUUCAAGAUCCUGUACGGAGAGUCGAUUCUCAAGUUGCCAGCCGUCACAAGAAGGCAAGCGUCUAUCUUGCAGCAUUCAGCAGCGUGUUUCGAAGGACUCCAUCUCCAAUCCAAAUCCCCACAUGAAGUUGCGACAAGAAGGAGCACCAUUGCGGAAUCGCUCGGCAUGCACUGACCGACCGAAAUCAUCGAGUCACGCUAGGGUAUCGUCUUCUGAUUCGCACUCGAAGCGCAGUCAGAAUCACUCAUUUCCACCCAACCGAGGUAGCCUUUACCGUCACCCUCCCACUAGGCCCCUAUCACUUUGCAAUCAUAGUCGACGUAACUCCAUUCUGCUCGCUCGGGAUGACAACGCAAGAAGGAGCAAUAUCGACGAGAGCAGCCGCCGGAGCUCGAUGACCAGCUCCAAUCAACUCCGCCAAAGCUGGACCACAGGGCGUGUCGUUUUGGAUACUUCAACCGCACAAGGUUCAGGUCUAUCUUGCUCUGAGCGGUCCUCUGUCAUAACCUCCGGGACUGAUCAAAAGAGCGUCUCAAGCUACCGUCGACCGGCGAACAAUGAUUGGGCUGGUGUGAUCGAAGAAGAUAUCACUUUGACUCUUAUGGGCUGCCCUGCAAGCUCACCCACCACUCAAAGAGCCUCUCCAGUAGCGGCAGCAAGGCCAACACCACCUCCCACCGCCACAUCAUCAGUGUCACCCCCAGCAGUCAUAUCGCCUAUACCAUCUUCGACACUCGCACCGUCUAUAUCAUCUGCAGAAGACGCGUCUCUCGACAGCUCAUCUGAAGAAGACGUAUCUGUCGGGAAUCUACAUUGCGAAGACACGCCUCGUAAACAAGUACGUCCAGAAGAUUUGCCUAUCGAGAAUUCAACUCCAGAGUACACUCCUCGGAAACACGCACGUUCAGCAGACGAGCCUCUCGAGGAUUCCAGUUUAGAAUACACCCCUCGCAGACAGCUAUUCUCAGAAGACGCGUCCUCCCUGCCACCAUCCGUAGAUGCACCUCCAACAACAACAACGCUACCAACCGCAUCUUCCACACCAGGCUCGCCAGAUGAUGCAUCUGUUCCACCACCUUGUGCAGCCUCUUCCCCCACACCUCCAUCAACUCCUUCCCCACCACCCUCUCUUCGAUCGUCCCCGCCGCCUUCCCUUCGAUCGUCCCGACCACCCUCUCUUGGAUCGAUUUCACUUGCCAAGCUUCACCGGCCGCUUUCAUUGAUGUUUGAGUCCAUGGGCUCUUCCCAGCUCGACGGGAUCGAUGGUCAUUCCAAACGCCGAUCAGAUUGGUACGCUGAACUUAUGACAACUGUCGAAGAAACAAUCUCCAAACUAGAUUGAAUUCAUACAUCAAUACAUAUGCAUGCGAAUGGAUGUCAUGAUCAAUGAACACGUUCCUUGGUCCAUGUAUCCUCUCAUUUCGGGGCUCUGGCGGGCGUCAAGACUGAUAAAUAUGGGUUAUUUUCUUCAAUAUCAGCGAAAAAACAACAAAGAGAACAAAAAAAAAAUGAUUUCUUUACAAUACAUAAGUAUACCACUACUCUCAAGUUUCCAAAAAUACGCACGACUUUCCUGCUUGCUUCUUAUCCUGCUGAAGAUGUUCAGAUCAUGUAGGGUCUGGCUUCCUGAAUAGUUUUCGUAAAGCCAUCUUCAAUCGAGUCUUUCAAGAUAGAAUUGAUUGCGUAAUCUGCUAUACUAAUUCUUUUUUCCCUUCUCUCCUGUAAUAUUGUCGAUAGUUCACGAUUUCAAACAAGCUAAGAAGUUGUCAAUCUUGACCAUAUAAUUUUCUACAUCUUGUUUUUCUCUUUCUGUUCACUCUUUUUUCCAAGCCUUUUUCGGCAGUUUAAUCUUAAUUCCUCACUCGAUACCCCUUAUCUCUUUUCAAUUAUAGAAUUAAACCCGUAAUUGCCUUUUCUAUUGGUCUCUCUGUAGCUCACAUCUUUCUAAACUUUCUGAAUUUGAUCGAUUUGUCUGUAUUGAAGCAGACUCAAUCGAUAUCCAGUGUUCCACCCAACAAACAAUAAAUGAUAAUUGACUUGACUUGAGA